AUGCGAAUCGUCUUUGUGUUUGCUGUUUUCUUUUUGGCGAUUGAGUCGGCAAGAACAUGUUGGUCAGGCAAUAGCUUUACUGACAGUUUGAGUUGGAGUAGCCGUAAGAGUCAAACGUGUAGUUGUGGAAAAGGUUGCGCGAAAUACUACAAUGUGGAUCAACAACAAUGGUAUUGGGGUUGCUCAUGUUUCUACGACUAUAAUCAACAAAAAGAUGUGGAAUAUUGUCCGAAUGGGGUGAGUGAGAGGAUAAACGAUAAAAAC